AUUCCCCAUUUUAUAACUAAAAACAAUUUCUCACGGGCACAGUUCUUCUACUCCACUGCGCCACCCAAACCCUAAAUAUCAGAACCACCAAAAACCCUAAAAAUGCCACCAAAGUUCGACCCAAGUCAGGUAGUCGACGUCUUCGUUCGGGUAACCGGAGGAGAAGUCGGCGCCGCAUCAUCUCUAGCACCCAAGAUCGGUCCUCUGGGUCUCUCACCCAAGAAAAUCGGAGAAGAUAUAGCUAAAGAAACAGCUAAAGACUGGAAGGGCUUACGUGUCACCGUUAAACUGACCGUCCAAAACCGUCAGGCGAAAGUAUCGGUGGUGCCGUCAGCCGCAGCGCUGGUGAUCAAGUCAUUGAAGGAGCCGGAGCGUGACCGUAAGAAAACAAAGAAUAUUAAGCACAGUGGGAAUAUUUCACUUGAUGAUGUCAUCGAGAUUGCUAAAAUAAUGAAACCCAGAUCGAUGGCUAAAGAUUUGAGUGGCACUAUUAAGGAGAUUUUGGGUACUUGUGUUUCUGUUGGGUGUACCGUUGAUGGUAAGAAUCCUAAAGAUCUUCAGCAGGAAAUUACUGAUGGUGAGAUUGAAGUUCCUCUUGAUUAGAUUUUGAUUGAACUUAUGAAGAUUAUCGGAAACGAAAAUGUUUGCUUCUUUUUAUUUUUCAUUUCUGUUUAUUACCAGUUUUGCUUUUUAUUUAAUGGGUAUUUAGCAAGGUCUUUGAAGAUUUUAUAUGAAUGAGGAGAAUGUAAGGUUAAGCAUUUAUAUGCUAGUGGUUUUGGAUAAUGCUUGUUUUGGUAAUGUUGAUUAAUGCUGCAUUCGUUGAUUAA